AAAAAUCAAAUAAAAAAGAAAUUAAAAAAACAACGUUGACAUCGACCGCUCUUUGACUUGGCAAAUUCCACCGUUGAGAAGUCGUGCGACCAAAUAAACCCACGCUACUCACGUAGCGCGGUAAAACCCAAAAAAAAAGGAAAAACCGAAAAUGUUUGGGUUUGUGAAAUAUCUAUUUAAAUUGCAGUUUCUUUUUAUUUUGGCAGCUGUGUUGGCUGGCCUUUAUCGCACGGAAAUAAAGCAGUUUGCAAACAGACAUGCGGCUAACUACGUGGACAAAGCUGAUGGCGAGACGGUUUCGCUCCAGUUCAAAGCGGCCAACGAAAACACAGCCACGGUCCUAACUUCUGCAGAACUUUCCAAAUACAAUGGCGAGGAUGGACAGCCCAUCUACCUGGCAUUGCUUGGAUCCGUUUUCGAUGUGACGCGCGGCAUCAAGCACUAUGGUACCGGCUGCAGCUAUAACUUCUUUGUGGGACGCGAUGCCUCUGUUGCGUUUAUAAGCGGCGAGUUUGAAGAGUACGACCCGCAGACUGCGGACGAUGUGCUCACCCUGAAACCCAACGACCUCCUUGGCCUGGCCAAUUGGAGGGAUUUCUAUGAGAAGGAAUAUAUCUACAAGGGGAAGCUGAUUGGACGUUUCUACGAUGAACAGGGCGAACCGACGACGUAUUACCACAAAUACCUGGCGCUUUUGGAGCAAGCUCAAAUAGCCAAGGCUGAGGUGGACGAGCUGCGCUCAAAGUAUCCCGGCUGCAACAUUGAGUGGUCUGAGGCGAAGGGAACGCGCGUGUGGUGUACCAACACGAGCGGCGAUGGCAAGGAGCGAGCCUGGACGGGCUUUCCACGAAAGCUGUAUAGCCGAGGUAAUAAGAAUUUCAAUUGCGCCUGUGUACCCGAAUCGGAACUAGACCAAAUAGAUGCCGAAGGCCAGGCGGCUCAUGGCGAUGCCAUGUUCAAGACGUACGACAACUGUUCGUCCCGAGCCAAGGAGUGUUUCUACAGAGUGUAAUCUAAGCGCACUAGGUGGAUUUGUUGUAAAUAUUGUACUUUAUUUGUAGUAAAUCGAAAUUACAGACACUACA